AUGGAGUCGCAAACAAAGCCGGAGCCGGGUAGCAGCAGCGGCGGCGGUGGUGGUGGCGGCGGCGGUGGUGGAGGAGUUUGUCAGGGUGGAUGCGGGCUCCUGCUGUCCGGGGAAGAGCACUGCUGUGUGGACGCGCUGCGCUCGAUCACCGAUGCCCUGGAGGAAAGAAGCGUGAUUCUGGAGCACAAAGCCCGAAUGGCGAGAUUGAGGUGGAACCGGAGGGAGCAGUACCUUUUAGCCCAGGUGUCAACUCUGCAGAAUGAGGCCCAGCUUGCUGCUCUCCAGUACCAGAGGAGACUCCACCAGUACAUGCUGCGGAUCAACAGCAUAGCGGAGCAAGUCACCGGCUUCAAUAAAGUGAGGGAUACAUUUUUUUUCCACACAAGUGCAUGCCCUAAAAAGUCUGACUAAUAAUCCUUUUAGAAAGUUAACACACUUAUGUUCUUGUUUUAGAAUCAGGGAGACUUGAUUACAACUUGUGACAAGCAGAACCAGGUUGAAGCAACAUGUCCAGAAGGAGAGCCACUCAAAUCACCUGAAGUAAGAAAUCCACUCACAUUUUUUCCACAGCUUUUAUCUCUCCCCCUUUUUUUUAAAACCCCACUGCUGGAACUUCUGGCAUUCAUGGCUCAUUCAUAAAAGCUUCAGACUUGGUGGUUGAAAAUGCCCAGAGGCAGCAAUGUUACUACAAACCAGGAGACACUUCCCCAUGCUGUUGAUAUAAGGAUUUGUUUGAGUGUUGUAAAGAACAGCUUCACACCACAGCUUCUGUUUUUCUUCCUCCAACUAUGUUUCGCCUGCUGCCUCAGCUCAGGAUUAACUAGACAACUCUUGGUGUAAAUGUUGACUUUAGGAUCCCAGUGUGUACUGUGUGGUGUUUGCAGUCUGUAUGAAAAGACAGUUUAGAGCUUGAGCUAUCCUCAUACUCUGAUGUUUGUCAUUUGAUAUCAUGAGUUUUCUUUUAUUGAUCCAAGAACUUGUGCUGUAAAUGACAGUAAACAUUAUAGACAUUAGGCUACAUAUGGUUAGUUGUGUUUACCAGCCUUCGAUUCGUCUGUACAGUGACUAAGCUUGAACACCGUGGAGUGAUCUUUUCAUGUCCUGAUAUUUCAUUGUCUUUUCUUCAUUCUCUAUUACUUCUAAAGUGGUCUUUGUUCUUCUUUGAGUCUCAGCUGAUCUGAUGUCAGGGGUCUGGUUAGUGUCCAGCCUUUUUUUUUUUUUUUUUUGGAAAGUUUUGGGUCAGAGUGACUUAUCAUAUUUCACCUAGAAUCACUGCAUCCAGCUGUAGUCAAGGGAAUACAAGGGAUUAUAUUUUGGAGAAGGUCCAUGUAAAGUCAGGACCUCUAGAUCGACACUUUGCUCGAGAAUUGAAAAUGACACAAUAGAUAAAACAGUCCCUUUUGAAUUUAGGAACUUGGACUAAAUAUGAAUCAUUGUCUGUUUGCUUCUUGGCUUUAGCAUAAUCUAGGUCUAAUGGGAUAAACUAUUUGGACACAUUUCUAACUGUUCCCAGAGCCUUUGUUGUUGCCGGGAACAGUUUAUUAAACCUCUCCGUGUGGCUGCCAAAUCUAGCUCAUGUUUGGGUAAGCUCACAGGGUAGCCUCAAAGUUUUUUUGUCCUGAACCCUCCAGGAGGAGACUCAGUGUUGUGUUUGGGCUGCCUUCGAGGGUGGAUGGGUUUAA